AUGCCGAGAGGAAACCGACGCAAGCAGAACGAGGAGCAGCUGAUGCUGAUGCAGUGGAAGCUGAAGAGCGACGAGAUAACGCCGAUCGACACCAAGCAGUUGCGAGCCUUCAGCUCGAACUCAGUCAGCAUCACGGCCGCCUCGCUAGAGGACACCCAGGCGGUCGAGCACAGCCUGCGACAGAAACACGAGGCGCUGCUGUCGCGUCUCUAUAUGUGCCGCGGUCGCAUGGCCGUACUGAAGCGGCUCACGCGCGAGCAGUUCCACGUGCCGCGAGAGGAGCUGCUGCUGCUCAAGGAGCUGAAGGACAUGUCACACGACAACGUCAACCUGUUUAUCGGCAUGUGCAUGGAGGGCGACAACAGAUCGAUCGUGAUGGAGUACUGUAACAAGGGAAGUCUAUACGACAUACUCGAGCACGAAGACACAAAGCUAGACUGGAACUUUCGUUCCUCCUUCAUCUUCGACCUCGUUAAGGGCAUGGAGUACCUGCACACGACUCAGUUCCUCAGCUCUCACGGUCGCCUGAAGUCAACUAACUGCGUCAUCGACUCGCGCUGGGUGCUAAAGAUCACCGACUACGGACCGCACUACUACACGAUCCCGCUAGACACUGCCGAAGCCUACAUGGACAAGAAAUCGCUGCUGUGGGCGGCCCCGGAACUACUUCGCACGCCGACACCGCCCUACCAGGGCACUCAUAAAGCCGACGUCUACAGCUUCGGUAUCAUCCUAUCUGAGAUCAUCAUCAGGGCGGCUCCGUACGACCACAACAACAAGGAAUUCGAUGAGAUCGUGCAGCGCGUUGAGCUUCGGGAGACGCCGCCGUAUCGUCCCGUACUGAACGACGCCGACCGCACGCAGUGCCCGGAGUCGCUCGUGCGCCUGAUGCGCCAGUGCUGGAGCGAGGAGCCGGAGAGGCGACCCAGCUUCUUCGCCAUCCGCAGGGAACUGAGAAACGUGUUCGGCGACAAGUAA